AUGGGAUUUGAUCAUGUGCUAUUUAUCGAAGCUUCACAAAAUACUCAGUUGGAAGAACUUCAGAAAGAGAUUGCUAAAAAAUUGCAGUUGUCCUCUGAUGCUGGUCAACAAGACAUCUUCAAUGCCCUGAAAACUAAGAAUAUUGUAUUGCUCUUGGAUAAUAUAUGGGAGCCAGUAAACCUUGUUCGUCUUGGAAUUAUCAAUCCUUAUAUGUCCGAUAAUGGUUCUAGCAAAGCAUACAAAUAUAAAGUGAUGUUCACUACUCGAUCAGAAGAUGUGUGUGCCCGGAUGGAGGCAAGCAAAAGAAUUAAAGUGGAAUGCAUGGAACCAGAUGAAGCGUGGGUUCUUUUCAAGCACAAUGUUAAUCUAGCAGUUAUUGAGUCAGAUGAAAAGUUCAAGAAAAUAGCAAGGCAAGUGAUGAACAAGUGUGGUGGUUUGCCACUUGCUCUGCAAGUGGUCGGUAAGGCCAUGUCUAACAGAAAUACUAUCCAAGAGUGGGAAGAUAUUUUGAGCUCGCUAAAGAAUUCAGGUACUGAAGUAGUUCAAGGUGUCCAGGAAUCAUUACUUCCGAUUUUGAAAUUCAGUUAUGAUAAUCUACCUAGAAAUAUUCAUGAGUGUUUCUUGUGUGCUUCCAUUUUGCAAUGGUUAAGAAAAGAUGAUUUGUUGGAAUUAUGGAUGGGUUUAAGCCUGAUCGGUGAUUUUGUCAAUUUACAACAAGCUUAUGGCAAAGCAAGACAUAUCUUUAAGAAUCUUGAGGAAUCAUGUUUAUUGCAGUAUUCUUCUGAUGAUGAUAAUGUGAGGUUACAUGAUGUAAUUUAUGAGAUGGCAGUGUGGAUAGCAUCAGACUGUGGGAUAAACAUGAAUAAAUGGAUAGUGAAAGAAUAUGAUAAGUUCCCAGAUGAAAUAGCAUCAAUCAAUGCAGAGAAUUGGAGAUUCGCGAACCGAGUGAUUAUAAGUGGAAAGGUGGAGCUUUUGCCAAUUUUGACUCAUCAAUGUUCUGAUUUGUUGUGUUUAAUGAUCACAGAUAUUCAUAAUUUGGAAAAUAUUCCUGGAGGAUUUUUCAUACAGAUGCCAAAUUUGACAUAUUUGGAUCUUUCAGGCACUCCUAUCGAAGAGCUUCCAAAGAGCAUCAAAUGUUUGGUUAAUUUACAAUACCUAAAUAUUUCAUCUACAGAGAUCUCAUCACUUCCAAAGGAGUUGAAAUAUUUGAAAAAAUUGCAAUAUCUGUUAUGCAGAGAUACAAAGCUGGGCAAGACCCAAAGGGUCACUCAUGUUAUGUGUGUUCAAGAGAUAGACUUGUUCCACUUUCUCAUUCUCUCUACUUCUAACAUGGUAUCAGACGCCUAG